GAUCGGCACUCUGCUGGGUGAAAAAGAAACACAAACACGGGGUUUUAACAGGAACAGAUAAUCUAGAAGGAUCUUUCGUAUGAUCAUUUUGGGUUCUUUUACACAUUCGGCACCAUGAAACGAUGUGUCUGCGUAGAUGACUUCAAAAUAAGAAGAAAGACAACAUGCUAACUAGCUCAUUAGCUUCAGUUAGCUACUCAUUCUGACAGUUGACGUUGUUCAGCCUACACCUAACCGGUUGUUUUUAUCUCAAGGAAAAGCAGUCAUGACACACAAAGUCAACCUUUGUUCAGUUUCCCUCAGAGUUGAGGGCAUGACGUGUGGUUCCUGUGUCCGGUCCAUAGAACAACGGAUCGGGUCACUCAAUGGGGUGAUGCAUAUAAAGGUGUCUUUGGAGAAGAAGAGUGCCACAGUCAUAUUUGACAACAGUAAACAAAGCCCAGAGUCUUUGGCAGAGGCAAUCGAGGAUAUGGGCUUUGAGUCCAGCGUGCCAGAGAGCAGCUCGGUCACACCAGUGUCUACAGACACACACCUGAUCCCCACUUCAGAUUUGACACCUGCAGCCCAACAAGAAGCUAUAGAAAAGCUUUUACAAAUUCAGGGAGUGCUGGAUGUCCGAGAGACCAAGCCGCUGGUGGGUCUCACUGUCACUUUUGUUCCUUCCCUGACUUCUGUACAGCAGCUGAGGGGGGCAGUGCCUGGUGCAUCGCCCCUGGAGAUCCAAACUCCUGGCAGUCCCGUACAAGUAGGCCUUAAAUCGUCCCCAUCAGACACUGCUGUGAACAGAGCAGCAAUUCUCAAGUUAUGCAUCAAUGGAAUGACCUGUCACAGUUGCACCACCACCAUCGAAGGGAAGAUUGGAAAACUGAAAGGGAUUGAAAAGAUUAAAGUUGCUUUAGAGUCUCAGGAAGCCACGGUCGUCUACAUGCCUUACCUCAUUGCUAUUCAAACCAUCCUCGACCAGAUAGCUGUGGCUGGCUUCAAGGCCACUGUUAAAUCCAAGCCCCACCCUCUGCUACUCUCCCCUCAAGAAAUUGAACGUUUUGUCAAUUCACAAAGCCCGAAAAAGUCAUCACCGUCGGAGACAGAAAUAUUUAUAGACACAGCACGCGUGCUGCUCAGGGUAAAAGGCAUGCACUGCCGUUCUUGCGUGGCCAAUAUUCAAGACAACAUCUCAGUGGUGCCUGGCGUCUCUUCUGUGGAGGUGUCUCUGGAGAAAGAGAAGGCCACCAUCUGCUACGAUCCUCUAAAGAUCAAAGUGACCCAGCUGCAGAGUGCCAUAGAAGCACUGCCUCCAGGACAGUUUAAGACUGAGCUCUGGGAGGACAGAUGUGCUCUCAGUGCUGCAUUGACAUCACUUCCUCCUGCUUCAUCAGCAUCACAGCCUGCACGAGCAACACAAGCCUUACAGCCUUGCUUUAGCCAGCCGCUGGCAUCCGUAGUCGUUAUUCACAUCGAAGGCAUGACGUGUAACUCCUGUGUGCAGUCCAUCGAAAGUGUGAUCGCCCAAAGAAAGGGGGUGAUGUCUGCUAAGGUCUCUCUGGUUGAUCAUCAGGGCACCUUUGAAUAUGAUCCUCUCCUGACCACACCGGAGGAGCUGAGAGCGGCCAUACAGGACAUCGACUUUGAUGCAACUCUGCCUGAGACCAAUUCUCUGCUGCCUGCGCCCGAUGCUGUCUGUUCCAAAUCUUCAAGUGCAUUGCCUGUUCUGGGGAGUGAGUUUGACGGUGACCGUCACAGCGAAACGCCAAAGGGACACACCGGAGAUACGCCCUCCAAGUGCUUCAUCCAGGUCGGAGGCAUGACGUGUGCGUCUUGUGUGUCAAACAUCGAGCGAAACGUCAAGAAUGAGCCUGGUAUUUACUCGGUUCUCGUUGCACUGAUGGCUAGUAAAGCAGAGGUCCGCUUUAACCCGGAUGUAACCGACCCGCUGAAGAUAGCAGAGUGCAUAAGAGAGCUGGGCUUCACCGCCUCUGUGAUGGAGGACUACGAAGGCUCCGACAGAAACCUAGAGCUUGUGGUCAGGGGGAUGACGUGUGCCUCUUGUGUUCAUAAAAUUGAAUCCAGCCUCAUGAGAGAAAAGGGGAUUAUAUAUGCCUCUGUUGCCCUGGCAACCAACAAAGCACAUGUCAAGUACGACUCCGAAAUUAUAGGGCCACGAGACAUCAUAAAGCUAAUUCAGAAACUAGGAUUUGAGGCAUCUUUAGUGAAGAGAGACCGUACUGCCAGCCACCUGGACCACAGCAACGAGAUACGACAAUGGAGGAAAUCCUUCCUUGUGAGUUUGUUUUUCUGCGUUCCUGUGAUGGGCAUGAUGAUCUACAUGAUGAUCAUGGACCACCGGAUGAACGCUGCUCAUCAUCGUAACGCUACGGUAGAGGACCGUAACCUCUACCACUCCUCCAUGUUCCUGGAGAGACAACUGUACCCAGGCCUCUCCAUCAUGAACCUUCUCUCUUUUAUUUUCUGUGUGCCUGUCCAGGUCAUCGGUGGUCGAUACUUCUACAUUCAAGCCUACAAAGCUCUGAAACACAAGUCUGCCAACAUGGAUGUGCUAAUCGUUCUGGCCACCACCAUAGCCUUCAGCUACUCCCUGGUUAUUCUGAUAGUGGCCAUGGCAGAGAGAGCAAAAAUCAACCCCAUCACUUUCUUCGACACACCUCCGAUGCUCUUUGUCUUCAUCUCCCUAGGGCGUUGGCUGGAGCAGAUCGCGAAGAGUAAAACAUCUGAAGCUUUGUCCAAACUGAUGUCUUUACAAGCUACUGAAGCCACGGUCGUCACUCUCGGCAAUGAUAACUCUAUUCUCAGUGAAGAGCAGGUAGAUGUUGAGCUGGUGCAGAGAGGUGACGUGGUGAAAGUUGUCCCUGGAGGGAAGUUUCCAGUCGAUGGAAGAGUCAUUGAGGGACAUUCGAUGUCUGACGAGUCUCUGAUCACAGGCGAGGCCAUGCCUGUUACAAAAAAGCCCGGCAGCUCUGUGAUCGCCGGCUCCAUAAACCAGAACGGCUCCCUGCUCGUCAGUGCGACUCACGUUGGGAUGGACACCACCCUGUCUCAGAUCGUUAAGCUCGUGGAAGAGGCUCAGACUUCAAAGGCUCCAAUCCAACAAUAUGCAGACAAGAUCAGUGGCUACUUCGUACCUUUUAUCGUUGGUAUUUCUGUCCUCACGCUGAUCGCCUGGAUCGUCAUUGGGUUCUUAGACUUCACUCUGGUGGAGAAUAUCUUUCCUAGUUACGAUAAAAAUAUCUCCAAAGCUGAAGCAGUGAUUCGGUUUGCCUUCCAAGCAUCCAUUACUGUCUUAUGCAUCGCUUGUCCCUGUUCCCUUGGCUUGGCAACCCCGACAGCUGUCAUGGUGGGCACAGGCAUUGGAGCCCAAAAUGGCAUCCUGAUAAAGGGAGGAGAGCCACUAGAAAUGGCACAUAAGGUCCAGUCGGUGGUGUUUGACAAGACGGGAACGAUCACGUACGGAGCUCCAAAGGUUGUCCAAGUCAAAAUAGUUGUGGAGGGGAAUGACAUGCCUCGCUCCCGCCUGCUGGCCAUCGUCGGUACGGCUGAAAACAACAGUGAACACCCUCUAGGAGCUGCUAUCACCAGAUACUGUAAACAGGAGCUCAACACGGAAGCUCUCGGCACAUGCACAGACUUCCAGUCGGUGCCGGGCUGCGGCAUCCGAUGUCGGGUCAGCAACACGGAGGCGCUGCUGAAGCAGGUGGACAGUGAGGACAACAACCAGCGCAACAGCGUCCUCGUGCAGAUUAGUGACACGCUGACAUCCUCUAGCUCCCAUCCACUCAUCAUGGAACCGCAGCCUCUAAGUUUAGUUCAGACAGCCGCGUAUGUAGUCCUGAUCGGCAACAGGGAGUGGAUGAGGAGAAACGGCCUGCAGAUCAGACGAGACAUCGAUGAAGCCAUGAUGGAGCACGAGCGUAGAGGGCGAACCGCUAUCCUAGUAGCUGUAGACAACGAGUUGUGUGCAAUGAUAGCCAUAGCAGACACAGUGAAACCUGAGGCCAAGCUGGCAGUCGACACACUGACGAGCAUGGGGCUGGAGGUUGUUCUGAUGACCGGAGACAACAGCAAGACUGCUCGGGCCAUUGCGGCUCAGGUGGGCAUCAGGAAGGUGUUUGCUGAGGUUCUGCCUUCCCACAAGCUGGCUAAAGUGGAGCAGCUGCAACAGGCUGGAAAAAGAGUGGCUAUGGUGGGGGAUGGGGUCAACGACUCACCUGCUCUGGCCAUGGCUGACAUCGGCAUUGCCAUAGGCACCGGGACAGAUGUGGCCAUAGAGGCAGCAGAUGUGGUGUUGAUCAGGAAUGAUUUGCUGGAUGUAGUAGCCAGUAUCGACCUCUCUAAAAAGACUGUGAAUAGGAUAAGGAUCAACUUCAUCUUUGCUCUCAUCUACAACCUGGUUGGAAUUCCCAUUGCUGCCGGUGUGUUCCUUCCUGUUGGUCUGGUGUUACAGCCGUGGAUGGGCUCAGCAGCCAUGGCGCUCUCGUCCGUCUCUGUCGUUUUGUCCUCUCUUCUACUCAAAUGUUACACUAAGCCUUCUGCUGAGAAGCUGGAGGCCAAAUUCGGCAAUAGCAGACAACAGGGCAGCUUGUCUGAUGUCAGCGUCCACAUCGGAAUGGGAGACGUGCGCCGUCCCUCGUCCAAACUCAGCUUGAUGGAUCGCUUUGUUAACUACAGCCGGGCCUCCAUCAACUCCCUGCGCUCCGACAAACACUCGCUUAACAGCUUGGUGCUCAUCGAGCCCGACAAACACUCUCUGCUGGUGGAGGAGACGCUGUGUGAGGAGAUCUGCUGAGUUCGUGGAGCAGCCAGCAGAAACAGACAGGAACGUAUUCAAGGCUGGACAUUUUUAGAUAAAAUGGUUACAUGGAAUAUUUGGUCUAUGCUGAGCAGAAAGUAUUUAACUUUACAAUCACAACCAUCAGUCCAAAGACCUUUUACACCUUGGUGAACACUACAAAGUUUUAUCUGAAUUUAAAUAUAUAACUGAUGUAUAAGUAUACUUCAGACUGUUUAUAAUAUUUAUCUAUUGUUUUUCUGUGUAUUCUCUCACGUGGAGGAUGUUUAUUUUAAAUGUGUAUCAAAGGAGAUAAAAACGGAGUCCAAGCAGUCUUGUAACAAGCAGUAAGUUAUAAAACCCUGUGGGGUGAACAGUCCUCGUUACCCAAGUGCCAAGUGAAAAGCUAUGUUGGCAAAGUUCAACACAUUCCAAAGAUAGUGGCGUACAGAGGCUUUCCUGGGCCCUCAUGUUCCCUCAGAGUGAACAAAGGUCCUUCUGAAGGUCUGGUUUCUGCAUUUUAGUCCAUGUGAAUGUUAGAAUAAGCAGGAGUUGUUACAUGGAUGACUCGUUUUUGUGUUGUUGGCUCUGAAAAGCCCCGACUGAAAGCAUCCAUGCUCUGCUUGUGGUUACAGACUGUAAUAACUGUGAUAAUGUUCAUAGUGAUGCAGAUCUGUCAUCUUUAUUUGUUAAAGCACUUCAAGUAUCCUGAAGAAACAUACUAAACACAGCGGAGUCACCAUAGACCGACCAAACAAGCUAAUCAGUUUACAAAAACAAAGAGAUGAGAAACAGAUUAUUUACCUGUCCUACUUAGUUUUUAUACAUUUUAUUAGUGCCAUGAAGUCACUACAGUUACUUAACUUUGAAUGUGUGUGUCCUGUAGCGUCACGUCCUUCUGAGUGCAGUCAGGCCUCCGCUUUGAUUAAAAACAUGGAUAGGGCUUUGGAUCUGUGUGCAGUUCAUGUUUAUCUGUCAUGGUUCUUCUGAACGUCAUGUGCCUUUGAAUAAAAUUUUUUUUAACACAAA